AUCCGCACUCACGCACACACCCACACCCACACCCACUCCCUCCUCCAACCCACCGCCCCCGCCAUGGCCGCGUCCACCCUGUCCGUCUGCUCCAGCGACCUGAGCUACGGCAGCCGCGUCUGCCUGCCCGGAUCCUCGGACUCCUGCCCCGACCCCUCCUGGCAGGUGGACGACUGCCCAGAGAGCUGCUGCGAGCCCCCGUGCUGCGCCCCCGCCCCCUGCCUGACCCUCCUGUGCGGCCCCUCCUCCCCCUGCCAGGGAGACUGCUGCACCCCUGCGUGCUGCAAGCCCGUCUGCUGCACCCCUGCGUGCUGCAAGCCUGUCUGCUGCACCCCUGUGUGCUGUGAGGACUCCCCCUGCACAACCUCUUCAUGCUGCCAGCCGUCCUGUUGCACCUCCUCCCCCUGCCAGGGAGACUGCUGCACCCCUGUGUGCUGCAAGCCCGUGUGCUGCACCCCUGUCUGCUGCAAGCCCGCCUGCUGCACCCCUGUCUGCUGUGAGGACUCCCCCUGCACAACCUCUUCAUGCUGCCAGCCGUCCUGUUGCACCUCCUCCCCCUGCCAGGGAGACUGCUGCACCCCUGUGUGCUGCAAGCCCGUGUGCUGCACCCCUGUGUGCUGCAAGCCCGUGUGCUGCACCCCUGUCUGCUGCAAGCCCGUGUGCUGCACACCUGUCUGCUGCGAGGACUCCCCCUGCUCAGCCCCCUCCUGCUGCCAGCCCAGCUGCUGCAGACCCUCCUCCUGCGUGUCCCUGCUCUGCCGCCCCGUGUGCAGGCCCGCCUGCUGCACCCCUGUCUGCUGCAAGCCCGUCUGCUGCACCCCUGUCUGCUACAAGCCCGUCUGCUGCACCCCUGUCUGCUGCGAGGAUUCCCCCUGCUCAGCCCCCUCCUGCUGCCAGCCCAGCCCCUGCUGCAGACCCUCCUCCUGCGUGUCCCUGCUCUGCCGCCCCGUGUGCAGGCCCGCCUGCUGCACCCCUGUCUGCUGCAAGCCCGUGUGCUGCACCCCUGUCUGCUGCAAGCCCGUCUGCUGCACCCCUGUCUGCUGCGAGGAUUCCCCCUGCUCAGCCCCCUCCUGCUGCCAGCCCAGCCCCUGCUGCAGACCCUCCUCCUGCGUGUCCCUGCUCUGCCGCCCCGUGUGCAGGCCCGCCUGCUGCACCCCUGUCUGCUGCAAGCCCGUCUGCUGCACCCCUGUCUGCUACAAGCCCGUCUGCUGCACCCCUGUCUGCUGCGAGGAUUCCCCCUGCUCAGCCCCCUCCUGCUGCCAGCCCAGCCCCUGCUGCAGACCCUCCUCCUGCGUGUCCCUGCUCUGCCGCCCCGUGUGCAGGCCCGCCUGCUGCACCCCUGUCUGCUGCAAGCCCGUGUGCUGCACCCCUGUCUGCUGCAAGCCCGUCUGCUGCACCCCUGUCUGCUGCGAGGAUUCCCCCUGCUCAGCCCCCUCCUGCUGCCAGCCCAGCCCCUGCUGCAGACCCUCCUCCAGUGUAUCCCUGCUCUGCCGCCCCGUGUGCCCCCGCCCCACCUGCUGCGCCCCUGCCUCCUCCUGCUGCCGCCCAGCCUCCUGCGUGUCCCUGCUCUGCCGCCCCGUGUGCCCCCGCCCUGCCUGCUGCGGCCCCGCCUCAGGCCAGUCCUGCUGCUGAUGGGCACGUCCCCCCGGGGCCAGCUGGGCUCAGGUCCCACCUGGUGACUGUGGUCCUCCUGGCCACCCAUCAGGCCUGACCUUGACCUCCUGCCUCCCAAGAAUGCUGACCCCAUGGCUUCCCGGGGCUUCUGCUCCCAGGAGGCACCUGCACCUGUUCUGGGUCACCUGUCCUUCCCUCCCCCUUUCUCCGCUUGGGUCACUUGGCUUUGACUCCUAACCUGUCAGCACCUCUUCAGGAAGCCCAAUAAACUUACUUCACCGGC